CAUUUGGAGUUGGUUUGGUAUAGAGUGAGGAUGUGCUCAUUGACAUUAGACGAGGAUAAUAUCUUGGAGGAUUCCUCAGAUUUGGAAGAAUCUUGGGCGGGAGAGGACGCCUUAUUUGACGAAUCACCCAAUCAGAAUGUGUGGAGUGACACGUCAGACCUGGAGGAAUCCGUUAAUUCACCUCCGAGGAAAGCCCUCUCCAACAAUCCUCGGCAUUAUCAAGAGCCGAAGUCAUUCUUAGGCUCUCCACCAGAUUUGGUCACAUCUUCCAUGGGUCGCCGAGGAUCAUUUGGAGCCAAGAGUAUUAUUCGAAUCAAGCGACAAAUCAAGAAUGGGAUCCCUUCCCCUCCAGCAUUAAUAUCAAAUUCAACAUCCAUGCCGACAACAAUUUCUCAACAGAUAUCACAACGGAUCCCUUCACCACUGACAGGACCGGACGGAUUGCCUCUUAGUCGGUUCUCAAAUUCAAGUUUCCCGCGCAAAGCUGGUACCAAUAAUCGAGAACGGUUCCGCCAACAAAAUGUGAGUGGAGCUUUCGCGGAACUUCGCAAACUUUUACCGACACACCCUUUGGACAAGAAGUUAAGCAAGAGCGAAAUACUGAAGUUGUCUAUUAAGUACAUAACACUCUUACAGGGAAUUUUACAAUGGCAGGAAGAUACGGCUUUAAAUUGUUAGGAUCAAAGCAAAAAUAACUUAUGUACAAUCAAUGACCGAGUUUUGUGGAUUUGUCAAUCAUUUGUUUCGAACCAAAAUGAUUCAGCGAUGCACGAUUAAUGGUUCAUAUUUGGGUAGUAUUUAGGUUUCAAAUCUACCUCUUUACCUAAGAAAAAAAAUAUUUUUUUUGUUAUUAUUUGCCCCAAAAAUGCUACCAAAUUAGCCCUCAACUAUGGCAAUACCUUCUCAAAAAUGAGUUACUUUGUUCCAUGUCUAAGCGGCUUUCAAUGUUUCAGUCACGUUUCAAUGUGAAAUAGAAGAACAAAUGUAGAAAACCAAAUAAAUGUAUUCAUAUCAUC